GUUGACAUUUCUUUGGAGGUGUUUACAAUUUGUUUUAAUUAUUAUCAUAAAUGUAUUCAAAUAAGAAAUAGAAAUUAACUAAAAAUGGUUAUAUACGGAGUUUAUAUAGUGAGUAAAUCCGGCGGGUUGAUUUAUAACUAUGAUCACAGCAUACCAAAAGUUGAAACGGAAAAAACAUUUGGCUAUCCGCUGGAUAUAAAGCUACAGUAUGAAAAUAAGAAAGUUGUCGUUGUUUUCGGCCAAAGAGAUGGAAUUAAUGUUGGGCAUAUGCUGCUGUCUGUGAAUGGGUCGCCGGUGGCCGGCCGCACCACUGAGGAUGGAAGAGAUGUCUUUGAUCUUAUUGAAGCUAAGGAAAAUUACCCUCUAAGUUUGAAGUUUGGUCGUGCUAGAGCCACAACUAAUGAGAAGAUAGUGCUGGCGAGCAUGUUCUACCCGCUGUUUGCACUGGCCAGCCAGCUCAGCCCAGUGCCGAAGUCCUCGGGCAUCGAGCUCCUCACCGCAGAUACAUUCAAGCUGGCCUGCUUCCAGACAUUAACAGGUGUGAAGUUCAUUGUGGUGACAGAGCCCAGCAUGGCCGGGGCGGAGGCGGUCCUGAAGCGCAUUUAUGAGCUUUACUCGGACUAUGCGCUAAAGAACCCCUUUUACUCUCUGGAGAUGCCCAUCCGCUGCGAGCUGUUUGACACCUCCCUGCAUACCCUGCUGGAGCUGGUGGAGAAGUCAGGCACUGCAAACUUAUAGUCCUGGCGACCGGGAUAGAUUGAAUCAUUCCGCUGUGAAUAUGCCAGGAUUGGCGUCAGAUGUCAUAUUCAAUUUAUAGAGGAGUAUGUCUGGUGUGAUACAUGUAGAGAAAGAUCUCAAUUUUUGUAUAGAUAAUAAAAAUGUAAUAGUAUUGUAACCCUUUCUCUGAGUGUUAUCUGUUGAACAAAGUUGAAAAAAUAUUAAAAAUGUAUCUAUGAGACAUUGAUCUUCUGAGAUUUAAAUAUAAAAUAAAAUAAUUAAUUGAAAUCAAAAUAUAUUUGAGUAUGAGGUGUUGGUCUAUACGAGGCUUGUUGCAUUUCAGUAGAGUUGUGUGUGUUGUGAGACGUAACAAUUCUUCACAACACAGACUGGAGAUCAUUGACAAGAGGUAGUCAUUAACUACAAGGGCAACCUGCAGACAAUGAAAGACACCUAAAAUGUAGUUAUUUAAGAUAUAUUUAUACUUGUUACAAUUUAUCCCAUGUGAAAUAAAUGUUUUUGGUUCA